CUCAUUCUAUCUCAAUCUUAAUCUUCUACAGUCACGGUGCUCCUCCUCCUAGUUUGUGAAGGCACUGCUGUUCCCGUGCCGCAGACGCGCAAGAUGCUCAACAGCCGCGGCGGGAGCAGGCCGGAGAUUUCGUCCCCUGACGGGUGCUCGAAGGAGAACGUGGUGGUGUACCAGAACGACGCGCCAAACCUGCCCAGCGGCAUCCCUGCCUACAGCGUGGAGGUCAUCAACUCCUGCGCCGGAUGCACCGUCCACGACGUCCAUUUGUCCUGCGGCAACUUCGGGUCCACGGAGCUCGUUGACCCGGCCCAGUUCCGACGCAUCGCCUACGACGACUGCCUCGUCAACGACGGCAAGCCCAUGGGGCCCGGCGACUCCGUCUCCUUCCACUAUUCCAACUCUUUCUGGUACCCGCUUAAGGUCGCCUCUGUGGCCUGUAACUAG